AUGUUUGUCCAGCAGCCACCGCCACCGCGUUAUGUUUUGCAAGUGAGUACGGGCAACUGGCAAAAAAAAUCCAUUUUGAAAAGCGCUGCCCCAAUGAAAGAGGCGAAGCAAUUGCAAAACUCUGUGGAAUAUUUUCUGAAGAGGGCCAUGUGCGCAUCGGUCCCUACUUCGAAGAAUGAAGAUGGCUCAUUGUGUGAAUCCACCAAAAUUAUGAAGGAAUUGGAUCUUUUUGAGACGAGGCAUUUUGGAAGUAAAUCGCGGUAUUCACUAUUUUUGCCUACUUCCCUACAAGUCAACCCCAUCAUUGGCCUUUUGUGUGGUUUACCCUUGUAUCAGAUCUGUGACGCUCUUAUUCAGAGAAAGGAUGCAGAAUGGCAGGCGCGAAAGGAAGAGAACUGUAGCGUUGGGGCCUUGCGCUUGAGUUUUGAGGAACUGUACGAUGUUUGUACGCAGCUAGUGCCCAAUAUGGUGAGUGAAGAUUAUUUGCACCGCAUGUUUAUUGUUCUGCUUCCCAGUGAGGAAGAGGAUUCUUUACUUUUAUCUUCUUUCUUUUCAUUUCUUGUCGAAAACGCCUUCCACCCCGCGUUGGACCGCAAUGUAAAUGCACUUUUUAGUGCGUUUGAUCCCGACGGCACAGGCGUGAUUUCUGCAGCAACGUUGACGUCCAAAGUUCUUCUCGCAUGGGCGGAGCUGCACUUGUUUGGAAACUUGCGAGGGGAGUGGGAAAAAAUGGCCGCCGCACUCGAGUUGACGAAUGGUGUGGAUCUACGCAUCGUGGACGGUGCACGGUUACUAACACCAGCGGCAACUCGCGCCGUUUUUUGUGCCCUCAACACGUUGUAUGUCGCUAUGGAAUCUAUUGACAUGGAUGGAAGACACCUAAAUUCCCCGUCGUCUUGA